AUGGCGGGACGACACCUCCGCCUCGAGGAGUACGCGUCGUCGGGGCUGGCGGUCGAGUCUGAGGACGUGGGCGAUGCCCUCUCGCGCGUGAAGAACGACCGCUACAUGGAGGCCUUCGACGCCGCAUUCGAGGAACUUUCAGCGGCAGAGGCGGCGCGCUCGGGGAUAACGAGACAUGAGCUCGGCGAGGCGUCGCUCAAGCCGGCGGCCGGCGCGUGGCUGCAGGGUCCGAGCGCGCCCGAGGGCGAGCUGCACGCCGUAUCAGCGCAGCCGCUCAUGUGCAUGACCAUGAGCGCGGACGAGAGCGAGGUGGUCGUGGGCAGCAGUGACCACGCACUGUAUGUGGUUCCGCUGGGCAGCUCUUCCUCGUCUAGAGCUUCCCGCGGAGCUAGCAGCAGCAGCAGUCGACCCAGAACAUUGUACACUAAGAAGUACGGCCAUACUGAGUGGGUCACGUGCGUUGCCCACUUACCGGAUCGACGGGUCGUCAGCGGCGGCAUGGACAGCAAGCUCUGUCUGUGGGAUGCCACCGGCGUCAAGUGCGAGGACUUGCUCGGACACAGCGGGUCGGUCUCGUGUGUGCUGGCUGUGAGCGACGAGGUGGCUCUGAGUGCAGGGUAUGACAAGAUGCUGCGGCUGUGGAACGUCAGUCAAAGGGCAUCGAGCCGCCAGCGCGAGAUCAGCGUCAUCAAGGCGGGUACAGCACCGAUCCUGGACGUGUCGCUGCUUCCUGGUGGUCAGCAGCAGGCAGCAGUGUGCGGGGAUCGCGAUGGGGGCGUGCAGUUGAUCGACCUGCAGGCGAACAAGGUGCUCCGCAAGCACGCGAACGCACAUCGAGGACACACCACCAGCGUGUUGGGCAGUAGAGGUGACGGCACGGAUGAGGGCUCGGUAUUCUUCUCCGGAGGCCAGGACGGCGCUAUAAAGGUGUGGGAUACGAGGCAGAAGUCUGCAGCAUUCUCGCUUGAGCUUCACGUGGACCCACGCAGCGGCAAGUCUGGUGCAGUGGGCUUUCUUCGUGAGCCGGUGGAGGAUGCCAACAUACUGAUAUCAGGCGGUGCUGAUGGAGUUAUCAAUGUCCUAGACAAGAGGCAAUCCUACAGCGUCGUGCACAGCUUCACGGAGCACUUGGACUUCAUUUAUUCGCUCCACGUUCGUAGUCAGCUGUGCUUCAGCGGCGCUGGAAAUGGAAUGCUGCAUGUGCACGACUGGAAGCAAGGCAAGCUGUUGUAUGGCCUUGGCGCGAAUCAGGCGGCGGUCAGAGCGGUGGCAGCAUCGGCAAACCAUCUGAUUGCGGCUGGAGAUGAUGGCGGAGUUGUUGUUUAUGACAUGAACUAGAAGAUCGUUAAAGGAGAAUAUGCGGAGCGUGUUGCCGCCCGGACCCAGCCUCCCUGGCACAUGGAUGUCAGAUCCCCAGACCUUCAGAAGUAAGUAAGUCACUUCUACUCCCGUAGCUCGAGUAACUGACCCACCUCCAUCACGUGCAUUUGUUGCUUGUAUACAAAUGUUUGGGAAAUGGAACGGUGUCGCUUGCAUCGUUACGAAGUGACUUUAAGUUCUGGAAUUUUGAAAGUCUUCAGUGAUAGUCCAAGACACUAUCGAAGCACAAGCCAUUAUGAAGCUGGACAUUUCUCCAAACU